AUGACAGCGGCUCCGGGACCCUCCCCGCAGCAGAUCAGGGACCGGCUGCUGCAGGCCGUCGACCCCAACAGCAACGUGAGUAGUCCGGGGAGGGAAGGGUUAAUGGGAGGGAGAGGGUUAAUGGAGGGAAGCUUUUAAGGUUUAAUAGGUUACUGGGUUUUAGGGUUUGGCUGGAAGCCGCCCAGAGGGGCUGGGGGGGGGCCAGGCAGUUGGGCAGGGUAUAAAUAAUAAAUUAUUAUUAUUAUUAUUAUUAAUGGGAGGGAGAGACAGGGGAAGGUUAAUGGGAGAGACUGGGGAGAGAAGGGUUAAUGUGUUUGUGGGGGGGGUGUAGCGUUUUUGCACGUGGGGAUGCGAAGGGGGGGAGAAGAAGAAGUUUGUCACAUAUACACACACACACACACACACACACACACAGAGACAUAUGUAUAUGUAUAUGUAUAUAUAUAUAUAUAUACACCAGCCCAUGAUAAUUGCUGCUGCCAUCCCGGGGAGGGUCUCUCACCUGGUUUCCUUCCUGGUUUCUGGGCUUGGGCUUUUAAAGGAAGAGUUGUUCAAAACAAAAAACCCACCCCACUCAUACAAUGAUAAGCAUGCCCUCCAAAUCUGGGGUCUCCAACUAAUGAUGAAGAUGAUGAUGUCCUUCAAACCUGGGGUCUCCCAGCUAAUAAUAAAGAGGAUAAUCGUGUUCUCCCAGCCUGGGGUCUCCAACUAAUAUUACUGAUCUUAAUGUCCUCUAAAUUUGGGGUCUCCAACUAAUAAUAACGAUGCUGAGAGCGUCCUCCAAAUCUGGGGUCUCCCAACUGGUGUUUUGUGCCCCUGGUCACGGCCUGCUGCAAGGUGGGUUGCCGUGCAGGUCUGUGGGGAAAGUGUUGAGAAGUGGGUACCCAGUUGCACGGUUUGGUUAAAAGCAGGCCCUGGGUGCAGAAAGGUGGAAGGCCCCUGCUGUAAGCAGGCAGGUUGCAAGAGAGGGAAGGGCUGGGGGUGGGUGGGGAAGGGCUCGUUGGUACGGUGGAUCACUUGCUUUGCAUGCAGAAGGUCUCUGGUGAAGGGCGGGGAAUUAUUUCCUGGUCAGCUGCUCUGCUGCCGGUCAGUCUAGAGACCGUGCUGAGCUAUAGGGGCCCAAUGGCCUGACUCAUGAGGAGGUGAAGGACUGCAGCUCAGUCGUAGAAUGAUCUCCAGGUAGGAUCCGUGAGCCCAAGGCUCUGCAGUCAUCCUAGGCAACGUGGAGUUGGCUGGAGCAAUGGCGUGACACAGUGUGAGGCAGCAGCUUCCAGCUGAAAUGAGAGCCACGAGGUCAGGAAUCUUGCUUUUAUUUUUAAGGAAAGGGCCAGUGCUCAGUGGCAGGGUAUCUCGCGGAAGACCGCCAAUCUCAACCACCGGCGUCCCCUGGGAGACCCCUGGGUUGACACCCUGGAGAGCUGCUGCCAGUCUGUGCAGGGAGUGCCAAGCUGGGUGGACAACCUGGGCUGCAUCAGUGCAAGGCGUUGCUCUGGGGCGUUGGGCUCUCCUUCAACGGGUUUCCUGCCGCCUCUGCCAGCUCCUCCUCCCUGGGCUUCUCACCUGCUAACAUAAUGUCCUCUUUUCUUUCUUCCCAUCUCAUCCUGCAAAAGUAAAAAUCUCCCUUCUGCUGCAGAAAUGCCAAGUCCGGUUUGUUGGCCCUUGGGCCUCCUUUUCCCUCUCCACCCACCCGGGUCUGCAAAGAAGGGGAGUCAGGACCACAUGUAUCCUCUGGGCUUGACCUUCCUCUUGCAGUUGCCCCCCCCCAGCCCAUUCCCCUGUUUUAUUAGGCCAGCAGGUGCCUCCCCCCAGCUCCUUGCCUGUGGGUCCUUUCCCGUGCUCCCGCUUCGGGCCCCAGCACAUGCCAGUCUGACGCUCUUUCCAUGUUACUUGGCCCCGGCGGCUUAGAUCCUAGCUGUAGACUGCGGCACCUCCUUGCCAUGUAAUGCUGACCCCCUUUCCCACACGUUCCCCCCCACCUGUCCGUGGUGGCACUUGUUCUGUGCCCUGGUUGAUCGUGUUCACUUUGUGGAGUCUUGCUAUCAGGGAGCACUACUUUGGGCUUGUAUAGGAGGCCCUGUUUUCUGUAGGGUCGGGUAGAUAUGUCUCCUAAUAUAUAAAGUGUGGGGGGGAGGCGUUGCGCUCGCCUGCUGGUCUUCACAUCACCCCUCUGCUUGCGCCUUGACGGCUGCUGAUCAUUUGGAAUGGGCACCACCGCACUGGCCGCACUUGGCGCAGAGGGGCUUAACCCGGCCACUCCCUCGGGCUUGUGUCUUUCUGAACGACUGCACCUCUUGCGCGUUUCCCCCCAUCGCCCUGCAAACUUCCCCCUUCACGCUUUCUGUGCCUGCUGCCUGCGCUUUAACCCCCCCCAAUUCUCCUCAGAUCUUUCGGGAUGAAAUCGUGCAAGAUGCCCAGGGACGCUGUCUGUCUUUCUCUCUCUCUCUCUCUGUUGCGCCUUCUGACUGGCAGUGGUCCUCCAGGGUUUUGGCCUCGGGGGGGGGGUAGUGUCUUUGCACCAUCCCAGUGCUGGGAUUGUUCCUUCAGGGAGUUGGGACUUAACCCAAGCCCUCCUGCAUGCAAGGCGCCUUUUGGUGUGUUUUUGUGUGGUGACGCCUAAAAGAGCCAUGAUCGAAAGGGGGAAAGUUUUUCUCCAGGUGAACCUUCCUGGGGAGGCACCUUGGAAGAGAAGGCCAUUCCUCUUCGGUGACCUUUAAGGAGGCUAAGGGCCGCAGAGGCCAGUUUUCAUACCCGGUCGGGCUAUGGCAGGAAGAGAUGUUGAUUUUAGGGACUGGCAGAGUGUCUUCAGGGCCGAUUUCUGCCGUUCUCGCUGUGACUUUAUGAUGUGUGGGGUGUCACUGGGAGCCUCUUAAGGACACCGACCCUGGCCAGUGAACGCCACUGGUGAUUGAGGCACAAGUCCGGAAGCAAGGGGUGGUUGUCAUUCGGCUUCUGACUCGUUGGGUGGCUGGACUUGCCUCUCAGCAGCGGAGGGAGUUGGGGCAGCCUUCAAAGUCAGCCAGAUCCAUUCAUUUCAGCGGGUCUAUGCUGAGCUCUCCUAGCGUCACCCGGCGCAUGGUGCAUGGUGUUUGGCGCACGCUCCCGCCCAAAGCCUCACUUUUAACUGUUCUCUUUCUCUUCCAGAUUCGUAACAUGGUGGCAGUACUGGAAGUGAUCUCCAGCCUGGAGAGGUACCCCAUCACCAAAGAGGCGCUCGAGGUGGGUCGGCAUUCACCUCCUGAUGGAAAUAGCAAAAGCUGCACAGCACUCAUUCUUAUUUCUUAAAAUUUGUUCUCCACUGAGGGUAAAAACAAAAAAGAAACCGCCGAAGGGGUGUACAAAAGAUAAAAGGGUGAAACCCAGAACAAAAUGCGCAACCGUGCUUUAAAACGCGUAAAAGUUAAAGCGCUGAAAUAGAUUUAAAUCAUCUCAGCUUUCUAAGCAUCUGAGCGGGUUUGCCUAAACAGGACCAUGUUUAGCAAGCGCUGAAAAGAGUAUGGCGAAGGCGCCUGCUUGACUCCAAUAGGGUGGGGUGAUGCGGUGUGCCUCUCUGAAAAACUGGGUUCUUUUGGAUGCGGAACAGGCACCUGCAGCCGUGCCAAUUCCGCCUGUCAAAGUGUUUGAGUUGGGACCACCUGUUGGGUAGGGUGAUCUCACAGCUAAACUGCUCCCAAAUUGUUAAAGGGCUCUAAAUGCUAAUAGCAGCGCCUUGAACUUGGCCCAGUUGCAAACGGGCAACCAGAGCAGAUGUCUGAGCACAGGAGUUAUACGCUGACAAGGCCUCGCUCACGUUCAGCAAUCGUGCUGCAGUAUCCUGCACCAACUGCAGCUUCUGGGUCAAGUGCAAGGGAAAACCCCUCAGAGAGCACAUCGCAGUAACCCUGCCUUGAAGCAGCUUAGGGAAGUGACCUUGGGUAAGCACAAGGUUUGUGGUCUGCAGGGGCUCCCGCCUGGCCUUGCUAGCAAACCUCAAAAUUGUAGUUGCCAUGACCUUUGCUGGUUUGGCUUCUGUCUGAAGGGUCGGCUGGUGCAAGACCUGCCUUCUCCCACCCACCCACCCCUCAAAAAACCACUUCUUUGACCAUUUUGCAGCUUUAAGCAAGUAUGAUGGGUCGCCAUAUCCCGUGACAGCGGACUUGUAUGGGCUGCGCCUUCUCCGCUGCCCUGGUCUUCCUCACAAAGCUCCUGGGUUUCCAAGCAUUCCUUUCACAGCUCUGCAAUUCUGUGGCAUCCCCUUCCCCAGAACUGUGGGAGGUGAACAGCUGACUCAGCCUUGUGGACUGGGAUGGGGCUCCCUGUGAGGGUUGGCCGCUUGUCUGAACAUGUUUCAGCCCACCUGCCUCCUCCAAACGGGGGAAUUCCGUGGAAGCGUCCCCAGCGCUCCCUGUGCCAGCGUCGGCCGGAGAUACGGAGACUGAUUUUCACAGCCGCCUCGCGUUGCUGCGAUCCUUAGCCGCUCUGGUCGUUUCUGCAAAUGCCAGACGGCUUGCGAUUCUCUUUCCAAGCCUCGCAGGCUUGCGAUUGUCUCAGUCUUGAGAGGCCUGUUCUGUGUAGGUAGCUGAGGAGACAUGCAAACUGGCAGGAGGGUUUUCUGGAGACCUUACCCGCUGCCCUGAUUUGGUGGGUUUGAUUCAGUUGGCUGAAAUAUUUAGCAGGACAAAGCUGAGAGUUUGUCUUGUUCGUUUUAUGAGCUGACGUCCCCACACUGCCCAAAUGAAGUGAAAUGUUUGUUUCAGCAAAAAGACACUUGGGGUGUUGAUAUUGCAGUCAAACUGAAAGCUUUGUUUCUAUUAAUAUUAUUAUUAUUAUUAUUAUUAUUAUUAUUAUUAUUUAGUACAGUCGUACCUUGGUUUGUGAACUUGGAAGUGAGUGUUCAGUUUUGCGAACAUUCUUUGGAACCCGGACGUCAGACGCAGCUUCCGAUUGGCUGCAGGAGCUUCCUCUUGCAGCCAAUCGGAAGCUGUGCUUUGGUUUCCAAACGUUUUGGAAGCCGAGCAAACUUCCGGGAAAAGUUUCCGUUCGACUUCCAAGGUACGACUGUAUUAACGUUGUGUUUUAAGACAACACGGCGGCAGGUCUUUACACUGCGCAGAUUUUGAAAAGUGGAAGUGCUGCAAGCUUUUAAUUCUAGCAUGGCUAUAUAAAUAAUCUGUGGGAAGACGUGGCAGCAAAUUGGAUCCUGACUUAUAAUUGGUUCCAGUUGUCCAUUUCUUCUUGUGUCGCAUCCAUUCAUUGGGUUAUAGAGUAAUUUUCUCAACUGAGGCGCUCCUUAGAAUUGUGGUGGGGGAGGAAUCCACAGGGAAAAUAAGGCAGCAGCUAAUUUCUGUGCAUACUUGUGCAACCAUUGAUCCUUCUUGGUAGUGCGCCUCCCCGCCCAUAGAGCAGCGGUUUUCAACCAGGGUGCUGUGGCACCCUGGGGUGCCUCGAUUUAUGGUCAGGGGUGCCAUGGGCAACACUGGCCUCUGUCCCUCUUUCCCUCACUCCUCGGAUGCCCUCUUUGCCUUGAGGAGAGGAGGCAGAGGGAACGCUCCCCAAGGGAGGGUACAUGGAAAAGGGUGAGGCUGCCAGCUCUGCAGGCAAGGGGUGACAUAACUGGGCUACUGAGCCCCACAAGGGUGCCGCAAAAAGAAUGUAGUUGCUCAAGGAGCUGUGGACUCAAAAAGGUUGAAAACCUCUGUCAUAGGGUGCUGUGUGUCCCUUGUGUGUCACAGGUACCCACCCACUCAGACCCCAAAUUCCUCUUAUUGGAGAGAGACCUUCCUGGGACAGGAGAAGCUGCCUCCUGCUGCUUUUGGCAGGUUCACGGGAGCCUUUGCCCGCCUGGCACCUCCCUUGUGUUUUGAACUACGACUCCCAUCAGCCCCAGUUCCAUUCGGCCACACCAGCUGGGGACGAUGGGACCUGUAGUCCGAAACAUCGGGCUGCUGAAGGUGGGGUGAUGCGGUAUGCAGAUAUCUUGCAAAGUAACAUUCCCUCCCCACUUUUCUCUCUUGUUCCUUUCCCCCCAAAAAACUCCACAGGAGACGAGGCUGGGGAAACUCAUCAACGACGUGAGGAAGAAAACCGAGAAUGUGGAACUGGCCAAGCGGGCUAAGAAGCUGCUGCGGAACUGGCAGAAGCUGAUCGAGCCGGGGGCGCCCAGCGAGGGGGCCGCCCGGGGGCCGCCCAACCCGCCGGGGUCGGCCAAUGGCGGCGGGGCCCACAACUGCCGGGUGGAGACUCCUCCAGCGGGGGUCGGGCCGAAGCCCGCGCAAGAUGCGAAGGUCCGGAACGACGUCCAGAAGCUGCACUCCCCGAAGCAGUUGGCGGAGAAGCCAGCGGCCCGGAAGAGGCGGGGGGAGCCGCGCGAUGGCCUGGCGGGGGCGCCUCUCCUGCCUCUGCCGAAGGCCUCCAAGGCCUGCUUCGAAGUGUUACAGAACUCCUCGCCGCCCCCGACGAACGGGAUCGGGGGCAGCAGCCCAGACAGCUUCCCCAGCCCGCCGGACGCCGGCCUGCCCGCCGAGCUGGUCGAGGGCGACAAGCUCAGCAAGAUCCCCAUCAACGCUGUGCGCCCCCACACCAGCUCCCCGGGUCUUUUCAAGCCCUCUGCUUCGUCGCUGUUGAAGGUGGCGCUGCUGGUCCAGCAGGAGAAGGAGGAGGCGUCUGCAGCAGGCCAGCCCAAGAGCCCCCGCUGCUCCUCGUUCAGCCCCAGGCACGUCCGGGCGGAAACAUUUUCCCGACAGCACACCACCUACUCCCCUAAGGGCUCACCGCCUGCCCCUUCCCCAACGAGGCCGCCACCCGCCCCGGACACUCCCGCCGGGGCUCCCUUGUCACCCCCUGCCCUCGUGCAGCCGGCGCUGGAGAAGCGGCUGGAGGCCCAUUCGCAGGCGGGGCUGGAGACGCCCCUGCACGGCAUCCAGGAGGCGCCGGCAGGCCGGCUGACGGCGGGGCCCCCUCUGAGCAGCGGGGCGGGCCCCCUCCUGGCAGAGCCCUUGCUGGCGGGCUUCUCGCCGGACGCGUGCCGGGCGGACAGCGACGGCGCCGCCUCGGGGUCGGACAGCAAGAAGAAGAAGAAGUACCGGCCCAAGGACUACGUGGUCAACUUGGACGGGCAGGCGCUGGAAGGGGGGGUCAAGCCGGUGCGGUUAAAAAAGGAGCGGCGGCUGACCUUUGACCCCAUGACGGGCGAGAUCAAGCCCCUGGCGCAGAGGGACUCCUUGCCGGCGCCGGCAGCCCACCCGCCCGCUCUCCCCGAGCAACAGCACAGGACAGGCGCAGGGGAGGCCGCCGAGCCCAAGCCCUCCUUGCAAAGCCCCUUUGAGCAGACCAACUGGAAGGAGCUGUCACGGAACGAGAUUAUCCAGUCCUAUUUGAACCGGCAGAGCAGCUUGCUCUCCUCUUCCGGGGUACAGACUCCGGGCGCUCACUACUUCAUGUCCGAGUACCUGAAGCAGGAGGAGAGCACCCGCCGGGACGCCCGCAAGACCCACGUCCUGGCGCCCCACAGCAAGCCCACGGACUUGCCCGGGGUGACCCGGGAGGUGACCCGGGGCGACCUCGACAGGAUUUGCGGCCACCACUGGCCGGGCGUGAAUGGUUGCUACGACACACAGGGUAACUGGUAUGAUUGGACGCAGGGAAUAUCCCUCGACCCGCACGGGGACGACGGGCGCCUCAACGUCCUGCCUUACGUCUGCCUGGACUGA